UCUCAGAGGGGAGUGGACGCUGCUCGCGAGGAUGGUGCUGGAGAGCGUGGCCCGUAUCGUGAAGGUGCAGCUCCCCGCCUAUCUAAAGCGGCUCCCUGUCCCCGAGAGCAUUACCGGGUUCGCCCGUCUCACAGUUUCAGAAUGGCUUCGGUUAUUGCCUUUCCUUGGUGUACUUGCACUACUUGGCUACCUUGCAGUUCGUCCAUUCCUCCCGAAGAAGAAACAACAGAAGGAUAGCUUGAUUAAUCUUAAAAUACAAAAGGAAAAUCCCAAAGUGGUGAAUGAAAUAAACAUUGAAGAUUUGUGUCUCACUAAAGCAGCUUAUUGUAGGUGUUGGCGUUCUAAGACGUUUCCUGCCUGUGAUGGUUCACAUAAUAAACACAAUGAGUUAACAGGAGAUAAUGUGGGUCCACUAAUACUGAAGAAGAAAGAAGUAUAAUAGUAAUGAAUUAGGAUUGAGUUCAGUUGUGUUCUGUAAAAUCUCCUAAUAAUACUUUUUCAUUCUUUGUGUAUAGAAGAUCUUUCAAAUGGUGGUCUUAAUUAUUGCUAUUGGUUGAGUAAUUAUUUCUACCAAUUUAUUUUCUUGCUACACUACUGUUUAUAUUUGAUACUUUGUAUAUUCAAACAAUCAUUUAUAUAGAAAUUAAAUUGUACAACCCUUUCAUUCUUACUUCAAAGACUUAAUGUUAUUGUCCUAAAUAAAUCAACACUCUUGGUUUUAAUUGAGAAAAAUCUAAGUUUUUGGCAGUGUGUCCAAAGCUAUUCCUUUGAAUAUCAAUAUUUUCAAUAGAAUCUACACUUAGAAAUUUUCUCUGUGCACUAUUAAAUAUAUUGUUUUCCAGUCCUCUUCUGUGAUUUUUCCUCUUUGGCCUUCCACACUCUGUUCUUUUUAGAUCAGUAAGAAACAUGUUGCUCUCAAGAAUUACUUGAGUUUUCAAAGAGAUAAAUGCUUUGCUUUUAUAAAGAUUGUGUCUAAUAAGUGUGAAUAUCCCAGUUUCAGAAAAGACUUGAACUGGAUAAAGAAAGUUCCAAAAAGGAACAGUUAUUUACAUUAUAAAAAAUGUGUUUACUUUA